AUGGAGCAAUCAUCUCUGGAAUCGCUUCAAACAGGGGUUUUUGCUUCACCUAUUAAAGUUUUGGAUAAAGAAGUAGUUACUCCUCCUUUUUUAAAGAAAUGUUUGGAAGAUCUGUCUAAAGAUAUUAAAAAAGAUUUGAGUGAUACAUUUUCUGAUAUAAAGAUGGACUUAGCGGAGUUAAAGGAACGCAUUCAUAAAUUAGAAGAAAAGGAAGAAGAUAUUGUGUUUCUGCUCCAGGCAGUAAAGGACACUCAAAUCAAGACGGAAUGGAAGUUGAAAGAAAUGGAAGACAAAAUGUGCGAGCUGGAAGACAGAGCAAGAAGAUUGAACUUAAGGUUCAGAAAUAUACCUGAGGACAUAUUAGAUGCUCAAUUAUAUGAUUUUUUGAUAAAAUAUUUAAACUGUUUGGGGGUCCUUACGGUACAGCAAGAUAUUAAGUUGUCUCGGUACCACCGUCUUUCCCAUAGAAAGAAAGAUCAAGUGUACCCACGUGAUGUUAUUGUAGCGUUCGUUUCAUAUGAUCUCAGGACUCAGAUCCUUCAGUCCACGAGGAAGACGAAGAUAAAUGAUGAAAAGUUUACAGCAAUAAAAGUGUUAACAGAUGUCUCUUACCUAACGAGGCAAAGAAGAAAUUUAUUUUCUAUGGUCUUUCCCUGUCUGAAGAAAUUUAACUUAAAGUUUAAAUGGACCGCUCAAUCAGUUUUAUGA